AUGGAAAACAGAAGCUACGUCGGUGGCGACGAAACCACCUGGAAUGCCGACACACUGCCCGUCGGUGGGCUUGCAGGCUCCCACCACCAUCAACAUCAAUCUCAUCAUGCUCAGAAUUACACCACAAUCGAUCUGAAAACACCGACAGCAGACGAUAAACCGCCGCUCCGCGAAAAAUGGGGACGCAACAUCGAGUUCCUGCUAUCCUGCGUCGCUCUAUCCGUCGGCUUCGGUAACGUUUGGCGUUUCCCGUACACAGCGUUCAAAAAUGGUGGCGGUGCGUUCGUUAUCCCGUACCUGAUAGUUCUGUUUAUCAUUGGUCGACCGAUCUACUAUCUGGAAAUGGUGCUCGGCCAAUUCUCGAACCGGGGCUGCGUGAAGGUGUACGAUCUUGCACCGGCCAUGCGGGGUAUCGGCGUCGGUCAAACGGUUGCCAUUUUCACCGUCAUCACGUACUACACCUCCGUACUGGCCGUCACCCUGCGCUAUCUGAUAGCUUCCUUCAGUCCGGAGCUACCGUGGAGCAAGUGUGAUCCUGCGUGGGACAAUUGUGUCGAUUCCAGCCGGCUCGGUAGCCUAACGGUCGACGCUAACUGGACCCAACCGCGUACGUCGGCCGAUCUGUAUUUCCGCAAAACGGUGAUGCAUUCCGCUGACUCACUGGACGAUGGUUUGGGCUUUCCCGAUUGGCGGCUGACACUGUGCCUAAUCGUUUCGUGGAUUUGCAUAGUGGCCAUAUUAAUUAAAGGAAUCAAAAGCUCCGGAAAAGUGUCUUACUUCCUAGCCAUCUUUCCCUACAUCAUCAUUGCCGUCCUGUUGGUACGCUCGCUAACCCUAGAAGGUGCCUGGAACGGUAUUAAGUACUUCUUCGAACCUCAGUGGGACAAGCUGCUAACGAUCGAGGUAUGGUACGAAGCCGUCACCCAGUGCUUCUUCUCCCUUACCAUCUGUUUCGGCGGAUUGAUCGUGUACUCGUCUUUUAAUGACUUUUCGAACAAUAUCUACCGCCAUGCUCUUAUUAUCACAUCCCUCGAUACGGUCACUUCGCUGGUGGCGGGAUGUGUUGUGUUCGGAGUAAUCGGACACUUGGCACACGUUACUGGUCAGCCGGAUAUUUCGAAGGUGGUCCAGAGCGGUCCAGCCCUUACCUUCAUCACGUACCCGGACACGAUAGCAAAGUUUGACUUUCUGCCCCAGUUCUUUUCGGUGCUGUUCUUCUUCAUGCUGUUCCUGCUCGGUAUCGGGACGCUGAUCGGUAUCGUAACGUCCGUCAUUACCGCCAUCCACGACCAGCGGCCGGAUAUUGCACGGUGGAAGAUUGUCAUUUCGGUUGGAGUUGCUGGAUUCUGUAUCGGGUUAAUCUACAUCACGCCGGGUGGUCUGAUUAUAUUGGAACUACUGGAUUACUACGGUGCGACGCUGGUAACGAUAACGCUGGCCGUGUUUGAGUUGCUCACCUUCGCCUGGAUCUAUGGCGUGAAUCGCGUCUGUAAGGAUAUAGAAUUUAUGCUCGGCAUCAAGACCGGAUUGUUCUGGCGCAUUUGCUGGGGCAUUGUGACACCCAUCACCGUGCUGUUUAUUCUGCUCGUUAGCUUGGUGCAGUACAAACCACAGGACGUGCCGCUCGGUUACAAUGCGCUCGGAUGGUGUCUGUACGCGUUUGCCGUCCUGCAACUUCCCUGCUGGGCUGCGUACGCCAUGCUGCAGAAGCAGGGACUGGUGUGGUGGGAACGUUGCAAAGCAGUCCUUCGACCGAUGGCUGACUGGGGCCCGGAAGAUCCCACCAAACGAUCCGAGUACGGUACCUUCAUCGACGAGUACAAACGACAGUCGUCGCAACGGGCCGAAACACUCGUGGAAAAGGUGCGGCGAAGAUUGUUCAAAUGAAAA